ACCCACGAUCGAAAGUAAAUAGCCUCGAUCCCAGGCCGCACCAGAGGACACACUUCCCAGCCUACAAGCUGCAAGAGAGAUGUCUAAAAGAAAAGCUCCACAAGGAGACAACCCAAACAAGGAUAUCUGUGACAUUCUCAUUGAGUUGGCAGCCAAUGAGAGAAAUGUGAACAGAAAUAUCCACAAAAGUAAUGUGUACAGGAAAGCCGCUAGUAUACUGUCCAAGCAUCCAACCAGAGUCACCUCGGGAGCUGAGGCCAAGACUCUGAACGGUAUUGGCACACAAAUAGCCAAGAAGAUCAACGAGAUACUGUCGACUGGUAAACUAGCAAAACUGGACAAAAUCAGAGCAAGUGAAUCAAGUCAAGCUAUCAUCUUCCUGACUGAGGUGUCCGGAAUAGGACCUGCUGCAGCAAGGAAACUGGCCGAUGAAGGAAUUACUACUCUUGAUGACUUGAAGAAAAAUGAAGAAAAAUUGAACCAUCACCAGAAGAUAGGAGUCAAGCAUUUCUUUGACUUUCAACAGCGAAUACCUCGCUCUGAGAUGGUGCAACUGCAGGACAUUGCAUUCUCUCAUAUCCACUCUGUUGACCCGCAGUUCAUAGCCACCGUCUGUGGUAGCUUCAGAAGAGGUGCUGUGUCCAGCGGUGAUAUAGAUAUCCUGUUAGGUCACCCUACUUACUCCUCGGUGGAUACCAAGAAGCCACCGUAUAUUAAGAGCAUUGUGAAGACUAUGGAAGAAGCUGGUUUCGUCACUGACUCUCUGUCACUGGGAGAAUCAAAGUUUAUGGGUGUGUGUGUACUACCCCCCACCAAGACUGAAGCUGCUACUGACGAGGGGGCGGCGUGUGUACCACCCCCCACCAAGACUGAAGCUGCUACUGACGAGGGGGCGGCGUGUGUACUACCCCCCACCAAGACUGGCGAGGCUAAGGAGAAACCAGUCCAUCGGAGGAUUGAUAUUCGACUUGUACCAAUAGACCAAUAUUUUGUUGGUCUCCUCUAUUUCACAGGUAGCGACAUGUUCAACAAGACCAUGCGGAGUCAUGCGCUGGAUCAAGGAUUCACUCUCAACGAAUAUUCAGUGCGACCAGUGGGAGACACAGGUGUCCCUGGUGAAGCCAUACCUGUUACGAGUGAGGAGGAGGUCUUCGAUAUCCUCAACUAUCCCUUCAAGAAACCAGAGGAGAGAAAUUUGUAGAAAACUAGAAACACAAUAUGCCAUGCAAUAAUAAAAUUAAUUGUCUUAUGAUUUCAACAUACAUACAUAUAUACAUGUACAUAGUUAAAUUGUAUAUAAUUAUAGUACAUUCGUAUAUAAAAAUUACGUUAUCAUGCAUAAUAAUUAUAAUAAUUAUUUUUAUUAUGUCAUAAUUAUUGCAUAUAAUUAUGUGCGUCAAUAAUUAUAUCCUUCAUAAUUAUAAGAAUUAAACUCGCA